UCCUGCGCUAACAACAUUUACCUCGGUUUAGACUGAGUAGCUUUACUCGCCCUUUAAAUAUCACUGACUGGGACUGAAACUUGGUGACAUUUAGCUAAACGCACUUCGGAAGACACCCACACUUGGCUGACUUUAGGUCCCGCUCAGUUUGUGUCCCUCUAAAGUCGUGGUUGCUGGUUUGCCAAAUGAUCCUAGCUUGUUAGCUCGUCAAGCUAAACCUGUCGCUAGCUGUGCGUGUAGCUGCUGCCUAACGUUGGCUCUCGAACGUUAGCUCUGCGCACUAACGGCUCUUAUGUGAGUGACAGCUCGGCCUCCCGUUAUUCUGGGCAACUGAAGCGGAAUAUACACAUAGAGGGAAUGGUGCAACCCCAGCCUGAUGGCCCACUGCAGUGGGACAUGUCUGGAGAGGAGAGUGGAGGGGCCCUCAGGGUCCCACCAGAGCUGGCUUCUAAUGAAGUGGUGACCAGGUUGCUGGGUGAUAACCAGCAGCUUCGAGAGGCGCUGCGGCGGAGCAACCUAGCCCUGCGUCAGCGCUGCGAGGAGAUGGAGGGAUGGCAGCGAAGGACGAGAGAGGAAAGAGAAUUUCUCAGCUCUCGUUUCCAGGAGGCCCGGGCCCUGGUGGAGAGGCUGGCCCAGGAAAACCACUCCUUAAAGGGUCUAAUGAGUGGACCAUCCUCCACCUCCUCUAACCACAGCUGCAGCUCCAGCCAGCCUGAAGACCUGCAAGGACGACCAGCGAGGAACGGUCCACACGAUGGACCACGGACUCUAGAUCAGAGGGAGAGGAAGAGAGUUGAAGAGAUGGAUCAACACACUCAGACCACACCACCUCGCAGCCUGCCAGCGGAAGGUGGAAACGACUUCCUGCAGAUCGUGAAGAGCCAUAAAGAAAAACUGGAGGAGGGCAUGAGAGAGCUGCGGAGGAAGAACGAAGAGCUGGAGAGGGAAAGAGACGAGGUGGAGAAGGAUCGGGAGCGGAUGCGGCGCUGCAUCGACCAGCUACGAGCCAAACUGGCCCAGACACAGGUGAACAGUGCUGCUGAGGAGGUUGGUCAGCAUCGAUCUGAGGCGCAGCACUCCUCUGACUGCUCUAGCCUGGCUAAACUCACAGAGCAGCUUCAGGCCACACAGGGCAGGUAUCGUGAGCUGGAGGAGAAGCUCGACUUCCUGCAGAAGAGUUCAGCUCAGCGUGACAGAACUGAAGUUCUGCUCAAACAGAAGGACAAGGACUGUGCUCAGAUGGCCAAAGACUGUGAGUCUCUCAAAGCUCAGGCAACUUCCCUACUAGGAGAACUCAACGAGAGACAGAGCUGCCUCGAGAAAAGCGAGCACGAACGCAAGCUUUUGGAGGAAAAACUGUGCAGUAAGCUGAAGGCCCUGCAGGUGGCAGAGCGGGAGCUGGAGCAGCAGAAGAAGCAGCAUCACUUGGCCAUGGACAAGCUUCUGCUGCAGACCCAGAGUCUGGAGCAGGCACUGAAGACGGAGAGACACCUGGUCACAGAAGAGAAGAAAAAACUGACUCAGCUGCAGCACGCCUACACGUGCCUCUUCAGAGACUACGAUUCUAAACUGAAGAGUGAGGGAGGAGAUCUGUCCAUCCGACUAGAUGAGGCGGAGCGAGCGCUCGCCCUGAAGCAGGAUCUGAUCGAUAAACUGAAGGAAGAGGUGGAGCAACAGAAAGGUUCACUGGAGACUGUUCCUGUCCUCACUGCUCAGGCUGAAAUCUACAAGGCAGAUUUCUUAGCAGAACGAGAAGCAAGAGAGAAGCUGAACCAGAAGAAGGAGGAGCUGCAGGACCAGCUGACGCAGGCCGUGGCUGAGAUCGACCGGCUCAAACAGGAAGCAGCGUCACGUGCACGCAUGGAGCAAAUGAAGAAGAGGCACAUGGAAGAUUUUCCACCACGGGCUCCUCACAUUCCUCCUCCACAAGGUGUAUUCCCGGGUCCAGCUUUUAACACGGCACCUCCCGCGCCCUCAGCCGGAGCCGAGGAGCUGCCGGAUUUAUGUUGUCCCAAGUGCCAUUACCAGGCUCCAGACAUGGACACCCUGCAGAUACACGUCAUGGACUGUAUACAGUAACGCAGUGACGUCGACACAUGCGAGAUACUGCAGUAUAUUUACAUAUUUGACAUACAGCAUGUCCAGUUCUGGACACAGACUGGGGGAAACAUGUUUGGUAGUUGCACCUUACUUUCCACACGUGUAUACAGUAAUACACCAAAUUAAAUGUUGAAUAUUAUUGGAAUCAAGACAAGUGGCAAUCAGACGACAGUGUGAAACGAGAAGAGAAUCGGUCGUAGAAACUGCUCCACUGACUCAGUUUCUGCUGUAGCUUUUCAUUCCUCUACCUGUACUUUUAUUUGUCCCCUGCUUCACUUCUGUCACUUCUCCUUUUCCUUCCCACGCCUCUCGCCUCACGGUGCGUUCCAUUUUACGUCAGAGUCGGGACUGGACGUGAAGUGAAAGUCGGGGGGAAUCAUGAUAUUCAGGCCGCCUGAACUUUCUGAGUUUCCGACUAGAACUGGAACGCACCGUUGGAAGGCACACUUGACACACUUCUCUAUCAGUGUUUCACUCCUGUGGUGCUGUGGAAUCUGAGGUGACUGACUACAUCCCAGGGAACUCAUUGUUCCCAUGUAGACUAUGACUGCUUCAUCCAUGUUUGUAUACAUUAGUAAUCAUUGAGCCUCGAAAAGUGAUGAUAUUACCCACACCAAAAAAAAGGUCUCAAUUCACAGGGGAACUUUAUCCCAGGGAGAGAAGAAGAAGAAGAAGAAACACAUGAUAAUGUGAAUAACUUGAGAUGAGAUAAUACAGAAUAUUUAAAUAUGUUUUGGUAAUAAAUGUUGCUCGUCUACAUUACCUCAAAACAUGUAUUAUUAUGUAUUAGAGAUGGAUUUACUCUUAUUAAAAAAAGUAGCCAUUCUCUGUGUUCUGUGCCUGUGUACGCCUUCGACCCUUUUAGACAGCUCCACUGCUUCCCUGUCUCUCUCUUUCUGUCUUAUCUUUACCUGUGGCGCUAUUUAUAUUUCUGAAUGUACGCACAUAACGGUAGCUGUUCCUUCACAGUUUGUGUGAAAUAGUGUCUGUAAUCGCAUCUAUAAUUGCAUCAUUCAGUGCAAGGAAUAUUGUUUUGAAACUGUUGAAGAUUUACCAAAUAAAUCAGUCAUCCAUCA